GAUGCCAGGCCUCCGAACGAAAUCAGGUGUUGGUCUGAGACAAUGUCUUCUGCCCAGUCCCACUGGAUGACUCUUGUCACCUUUUUUCCCUGCCCUCCAUCCAGGUAAUUUUCUGAUGUGACGGCUGAGACAUGAGAUCUUCAGCCUCCAGGCUCUCCAGUUUUUCGUCGAGAGAUUCACUAUGGAAUCGGAUGCCGGACCAGAUCUCCGUCUCCGAGUUCAUCGCCGAGACCACCGAGGACUACAACUCGCCCACCACGUCCAGCUUCACCACGCGGCUGCACAACUGCAGGAACACCGUCACGCUGCUGGAGGAGGCUCUAGACCAAGAUAGAACAGCUCUACAGAAAGUGAAGAAGUCUGUAAAAGCAAUAUAUAAUUCUGGUCAAGAUCAUGUACAAAAUGAAGAAAACUAUGCACAAGUUCUUGAUAAGUUUGGGAGUAAUUUUUUAAGUCGAGACAACCCUGACCUUGGCACCGCUUUUGUCAAGUUUUCUACUCUUACGAAGGAACUGUCCACACUGCUGAAAAAUCUGCUCCAGGGUCUGAGCCACAAUGUGAUCUUCACCUUGGAUUCCUUGUUAAAAGGAGACCUAAAAGGAGUCAAAGGAGAUCUCAAGAAGCCAUUUGACAAAGCCUGGAAAGAUUAUGAGACAAAGUUUACAAAAAUCGAGAAGGAGAAAAGAGAGCAUGCAAAACAGCACGGGAUGAUCCGCACAGAGAUUACAGGAGCCGAGAUCGCGGAAGAAAUGGAAAAGGAAAGGCGCCUCUUUCAGCUCCAAAUGUGCGAAUAUCUCAUUAAAGUUAAUGAAAUCAAGACCAAAAAGGGUGUGGAUCUACUGCAGAAUCUUAUAAAGUAUUAUCAUGCACAAUGCAAUUUCUUUCAAGAUGGCUUGAAAACGGCUGAUAAAUUGAAACAAUACAUUGAAAAACUGGCUGCUGAUUUAUAUAAUAUAAAACAGACCCAGGAUGAAGAAAAGAAACAGCUAACUGCACUCCGAGACUUAAUAAAAUCCUCUCUUCAACUUGAUCAGAAAGAAUCUAGGAGAGAUUCACAGAGCCGGCAAGGAGGAUAUAGCAUGCAUCAACUCCAGGGCAAUAAGGAAUAUGGCAGUGAAAAGAAGGGGUACCUGCUCAAGAAGAGUGAUGGGAUCCGGAAAGUAUGGCAGAGAAGGAAGUGUGCUGUCAAGAAUGGGAUGCUGACCAUCUCACAUGCCACGUCUAACAGGCAACCAGCUAAGUUGAACCUUCUCACCUGCCAGGUGAAACCAAAUGCCGAAGACAAGAAGUCUUUUGACCUGAUAUCACAUAACAGGACGUAUCACUUUCAGGCGGAAGAUGAGCAGGAUUAUGUAGCAUGGAUAUCAGUAUUGACGAAUAGCAAAGAAGAGGCCCUAACCAUGGCCUUCCGUGGAGAGCAGAGCACGGGGGAGAACAGCCUGGAAGAUCUGACAAAAGCCAUUAUUGAGGAUGUCCAGCGGCUCCCAGGGAAUGAUGUCUGCUGUGACUGUGGCUCGUCAGAACCUACCUGGCUUUCAACCAACUUGGGUAUUUUGACUUGUAUAGAGUGUUCUGGCAUCCAUAGGGAAAUGGGGGUUCAUAUUUCUCGCAUUCAGUCUUUGGAACUAGACAAAUUAGGAACUUCUGAACUCUUGCUGGCCAAGAAUGUAGGAAACAAUAGUUUUAAUGAUAUUAUGGAAGCAAAUUUACCCAGCCCCUCACCAAAACCCACUCCUUCAAGUGAUAUGACCGUACGGAAAGAAUAUAUCACUGCAAAAUAUGUAGAUCAUAGGUUUUCAAGGAAGACCUGUUCUACUUCCUCAGCUAAACUGAAUGAAUUGCUUGAGGCCAUCAAAUCCAGGGAUUUACUUGCACUAAUUCAAGUCUAUGCAGAGGGAGUAGAGCUAAUGGAACCACUGCUGGAACCCGGACAGGAGCUUGGGGAGACGGCCCUUCACCUUGCAGUCCGAACUGCGGAUCAGACAUCUCUCCAUUUGGUUGACUUCCUCGUACAAAACUGUGGAAACCUGGAUAAGCAGACAGCCCUGGGAAAUACAGUUCUACACUACUGUAGUAUGUACGGUAAACCUGAGUGUUUGAAGCUUCUUCUCAGGAGCAAGCCCACUGUGGAUAUUGUUAACCAGGCUGGAGAAACUGCCCUGGACAUAGCAAAGAGACUAAAGGCUACCCAGUGUGAAGAUCUGCUUUCCCAAGCUAAAUCUGGAAAGUUCAAUCCUCAUGUCCAUGUAGAGUAUGAAUGGAAUCUUCGACAGGAGGAAAUGGAUGAAAGUGAUGAUGAUCUGGAUGACAAACCAAGCCCCAUCAAGAAAGAGCGCUCGCCCAGACCUCAAAGCUUCUGCCACUCCUCCAGCAUCUCCCCCCAGGACAAGCUGGCACUGCCAGGGUUCAGCACUCCAAGGGACAAACAGCGGCUCUCCUACGGAGCCUUCACCAACCAGAUCUUCGUCUCCACAAGCACAGACUCGCCCACUUCACCAACUGCAGAGGCGCCCCCUCUGCCUCCUAGAAACGCCGGGAAAGAAUAUAAAAAGCUCUUUUGGAGCCUUUCUGGAUCAUCAGGUCCAACUGGCCCACCUUCAACACUCCCUCUAAGCACCCAGACCUCUAGUGGCAGCUCCACCCUAUCCAAGAAGAGGCCUCCUCCCCCACCACCCGGACACAAGAGAACCCUAUCCGACCCUCCCAGCCCACUACCUCAUGGGCCCCCAAACAAAGGCGCAGUUCCUUGGGGUAACGAUGUGGGUCCAUCAUCUUCAAGUAAGACCGCAAACAAGUUUGAGGGACUGUCACAGCAGUCAAGCACCAGUUCUGCAAAGACUGCCCUUGGCCCGAGAGUUCUUCCUAAACUACCUCAGAAAGUGGCACUAAGGAAAACAGAAACCAGCCAUCAUCUCUCCCUAGACAAAGCCAAUGUCCCGCCUGAAAUCUUCCAGAAAUCGUCACAGCUGGCAGAGUUACCACAAAAGCCACCACCUGGAGACCUGCCCCCGAAGCCCACAGAACUGGCUCCCAAACCCCAAAUUGGAGAUUUGCCACCUAAGCCAGGAGAACUGCCCCCCAAGCCACAGCUGGGCGACCUUCCACCCAAACCCCAGCUCUCAGACUUACCUCCCAAACCACAGAUGAAGGACCUUCCCCCCAAACCACAACUGGGAGACCUGCUGGCAAAAUCCCAGACUGGAGAUGUCUCACCCAAGGCUCAGCAACCCUCUGAGGUCACGCAGAAGUCGCACCCAGUGGAUCUCUCCCCAAAUGUGCAGUCCAGAGAUGCCAUCCAAAAGCAGGCAUCUGAAGACUCCACUGACCUCACGCCUACUCUGCCAGAGACGCCCGUACCACUGCCCAGAAAAAUCAAUACGGGGAAAAACAAAGUGAGGCGAGUGAAGACCAUUUAUGACUGCCAGGCAGACAACGAUGAUGAGCUCACAUUCAUCGAGGGAGAAGUGAUUGUUGUCACAGGGGAAGAGGACCAGGAGUGGUGGAUUGGGCACAUCGAAGGACAGCCUGAAAGGAAGGGAGUCUUUCCAGUGUCCUUUGUUCACAUCCUGUCCGACUAGCAAAAAGCAGAACUUUAAGAUUGUCCACAUCCUUCAUGCAAGACUGCUGCCUCCAUGUAAUCCUGUGCACAAUGUGUAUAUAGCUGCUGUUACAGAAUAAGAAACUCAUGGAAGGGCCACCUCAGGAGGGAAUAUAGUAUGUAUUGUAAAUAUCCUGUGUCUUCUGCCUUCGCCAGUAUUAGGGUAGCCUUGGGACCCGGCGCGCCUUACUGGUUUGCCAAAGCCAUCCUUGGCGUCUAGCACUUACAUCUCUCUAUCUAUGCUGUUUCACAAGCAAACAAACAAAAAAGUAUAGGAACUGCUGGCUUUGCAAAUAGAAGUGGUCUCCAGCAACCGUUGAAAGGCAUAGAAUUGACUCUCUGUUCCUAACAAUGCAGUAUUCUCAAUUGUGUUACUGAAAAUGCAACAUUAGCAAAGAGGUGGGUUCUGUUUUCCAGGUGAAACUUUUAGCUCCAUGACAGACCAGCCUGUAGUUAUCUGUGUACACAGUUUACAGCUACAAAAACCUACUUUGGUAUUUAUUACAGAAAAGUGCUCUGUUAAAUGUAAGUGUUAUUCCUUCAGCAAAAUAUUCACUGACCCAAAACUCUUUGUGGCAUUUUACAAUGCACACAGCCUCAUGCAAGCUUAGACAAACAAGUGGAUUUAUACUGUCUUAUGAUGGUGAGUGCCCGCCCCUGAGAUAUUACCUCAUUAUGCAAAAAUAACAUAUCCUUCAUAACUAUUUUGACAAAAGUUUAGAACACGUCUGAUGAAGUUCAACGUUCAGGAACCAAGGACUGCCAGAAAAUAUUAGCCUCUACAUUAUGCAUGCAUUUAGAAGCUUACCUGAAAUCUGCCUUUUAUAAAGGAAUAGUAUGGAUAAGUGGAACUGUACAUUUUUUAAACUUGAUUGCCAUUAAAGCAGAAAUUAUAAGGUUGCAACAAUAUUUGUUUCUAGUUAUUUGGCUUUCUCGAGAGUGUGGAUUUACAUAUCAUAUCAUGAAUCAGCAUCCCUCGAAUGCGUUGAAGCAUCUAAUGCAUCAAUUUUAAAUUAUUUUUUUAGUUUUCUUGGAUGAAGUUAAACUUUUAAAAGAUUAUUCAAGACGAAUUUAAGUCAACCCUUCACACAGUUUCCCCACUGUAGAAUCCAGGUGCUGAAACCAAGCUUUUCUUUUUCCAUGCUCUUUAGUAAACCCCAAUUACAGAUAAAUUUUUCAGUCUUAAGCUCUGUCAGUAGACACGUCACCUUCAAGUCAAUUCAUAACCAAGUUUUUGAACGCUGCUAUGAAUUGCACUGUGAAAAGCAUUCUCUCCCUCUCAUUUUUCUUUUCAUCCCAGCCCUGUUUAUCAGAUCAUUAAGAACAUUGUGAGUAUUUCAGUCUUUUACACAGUCUGAAUUCUGGAAAAGAAUACAAUAGUUGUACUCCACAGCCAGUGGAACUGUCUGAUUCCAAGACUCAUGUGUCGUUCUGGCAUGACAUUUGCUUAAAUUGCUAUUUUGGCAGCAGCACAGAAAACUAAUAUUUUUAAGUAGAGAAUCUUGGCAAUGAGUGAGAAAUGUUAAUUUCACAGAAGCACAACUCCCAACCAAACCCUUAGGAAAAGCCCUCUUUCAUAGAGUCACAGUGCUCAGUGAAUAUUAAUUUAGUUCUGCUUAAGUGGUUACUAUGAAAACGUUGAAUAGCCACCUAAUAAAUAAACCUUGCAUGACAAACCUGCAAAACAUUUUAUCAGCUGUUAUUGGAAAGUGAUUUUAAGCAAUUGUUUCCUCAGUAUCAGGGCACACGUGAAUUCCCACACCAAACUGAGGGCAUGAGGAACCAGUCCACUCCUGGCAUGUGGCUGGUGGCUUUACCAGCCUCAGUAUUUAAGCCACGCUGGUGUCAGAACAGAAGUUGGCGUCUGAGGUUGCUCAGUGUCCCAUUUCGUUCAUGUACACAUUUUAAGUUGCAUUAAAGAGCUAUUCAUUUUUGUGGCCUAGACUAUUUUCAACUGAUCUCAAAAUAAACUGUUUUUGUUUUUUUUUUCAAAAAAAAAAACACACAAAAGCCGCAUGUCUAAAAUUACAUGGAGUCAGUAUCUAUUCUUCUUCCCCUUUUGCAGCAACUUACACAAAUGCAUUUUUAAUAACCUUUUCUCUGGUUUGUUUUGUUUUCCAUCAGGAAUUUGCGUUCUCUCUAAUCCAGCUUACUAUGGGACAUAGGAAAACUAGGUAGACAUACCUUUGGUGAUCUUGUUGAGUUUAAAUCUGAUCUGGUUCUUAAACUCAGUGAGCCACUAUCUGCAAUUUUGUACAUGAUAUAGUAUUUUGAAGGUAUUGAACCUUAUGAAAAAAAUAGCAAAUUAGAUUUUUUUUCCUACAGAGGGGAAAGUUAUGUCCUGCAAAUAGUGUGUGUCUUAUUUUACUGUUGAACAGCAAUUGCUAUUUAUUUUUUUAUUGCCUAGAACUUCAACAUGUUGUAUAGGAAUCCCGUAGUGCCACCAGUUAAAUUCAAAUUCUCAUCUGGAUGUUACCAUCAAACAUCAGUACACUUGUCAUUUCACAUGUAUUUAAUGUGACAGUUUUUCAGUACUGUAUGUGUUAAUUUCUACUUUUUUUAAUAUUUAAAAUUGCUUUUAAAUAAACAUAUUCUCAGUUGAUCCCAAA